CCCUCCUCACCCUAACCAAUCUUCUCAACCCACAGAGUUCCCCACCUUGGAGCUGGAGAGAGGACCUGCUGCAGGAAAGGGGGUUCAGGAUCGUGCAAAAGGGAAAUCAGAAAUUUUCGUAUGGAGGGAUGAUGACAGAAGUUUUCUAAAGUGAACCAGAUGCCAGAGUCAGGAGCUUUACUAAACUCAUAACUCUCCUCUUGUUGAAUGGAUCAAUGUGAGUGCCAUGAAGCGCACUGUAACAUUCAGAGGAAUGCUGAUUCUGAUCUUUGCAACCUAAACGAGUUCUAUGGAAGUGCAAAUAUGAUAAAAGAAUAAAACAGCCUGGACCUGAAUCAAGUCAGGACACCUCCCCUACUUGCAGGCGCAGGGAGUUGUGAUGAUUUUCAGGGGAACAAGCAGGAGUCCUGCCCUCACUCCUCUCCUGUGAUGAUGAUGGACUUACCCAGCCAGCACUUGCCUGUGGAGGUCAGCUGAAGACGACGCCACGCAGCUAAGUCUGGAUUAGCCGGCCGAACGAGUUUCAAUGCUCCUCCACGUUCUAAGAUGAAGUUAUGGAAAGGUGCUACUUUUGCCUUCGUGCUCUGUGGUGCAGCCCUGUCCAUCCUCCUCGUUAGAAAUAUGGCCACUCUUGGACAGUUCAAACCUAGAAAAAAUUCUCCGUACACAUCUUCAUCCUCAUCAAGACAGUCUUCAUCAUCAGAGUCAACGUCUGAAUCCUCAUCAUCAUCUUCUGCAGAAUCGGAAACAGAGAUGUCCCAACAGAUGGGUGGUCUUCAUCGGAGAGCACGCUCAACAGAAGAGAUGAACUCUCUCCUCUCAGAGUUUUCCAAGAUGUUUCAGAGCUUUACAGAGGGUGAGCUUCAGCAUGUGGUCGGGACCUUGCUUGACAGAAAAAGAAGAAAGAGCCUACGCUUGGGUGACAGCUUUGCCCGAAGGACUAAAAGAGCCCGCAGGCCUAAGCCUUGCUCCAUAAGGGAGCUGGAAGUGACUGUGAGUGAACUGGGUCUCGGCUAUGACAGUGACGAGACGGUGCUACUGCGCUACUGCAGCGGCAAAUGUGUGGCACACCGGCAGAACUAUGACAUCACCAUGGAGCAUAUGGUUAGGAUAGGAUUCAGGAAGAAGGGCCGCAAAGACAGGGUCAGCAGUGGGCCCUGCUGCAGGCCAACCGCUUUUGAAAAGGACUUUUCCUUCCUGGACAACAAGAGUCGCUAUCAUACAAUACAGAAUAUUUCAGCCAAGCACUGUGGGUGUGUAUGACCCAAAGAGUUGAACUUCUCACUUUGUCUUGCUGCUCUCAGCCUCUGUCGGAACUCGGCUGACUAUGGAUUAUAAACUCACAAAGAGGAGAAAUAAAAGGAAUACAUCUAUGGCUGCAUGGUGGCCUUUGGGACAGGAAAGCUUGACUUUUUGUAAUCUGUCAGUACAAAUUGGAACCAUUUACUAUGGACAGCAGGAGCUGCAUAUGUGUGGAUUCUAUCAAACGAGAUACAGAAAAUGACUAUUCAUACCAAAAAGUCUGUAUUAUCUUUUCUCACUGUGUAGUAACACUGUAAACUGUGGUGUAACAACAAUGUAGCAGCAUUAUUUUGUGAUAUUGGAGACGUAGUACCAUGCCUUAGAUAAGCAAUGAGGCUUUGAUAGAUAAGAUGGACUAGAUUAUUGCUGUUACUACACAUAAUACCUAGGGAUGUCGUCACGGUCCUACUUUUGUACUUUACAUGAUUAUAACAGUGACAGUAAUGAAACUUCAGGAAGACAAGAUUAGCCCAUUUUCAUUUCUAAACCCAUAAAUAAAUUCAAGCUAAAGAUAGAUGACAUGCACCAACUCUGUGCUCGACUUAAGACUCUUGGUCUGAAUUGUACCAGUGAUCUUUCAUUGAGAUCUGUCUUUUGGAAGUAUAGCAAACUAAAGAUUUAUUGGGUUCCUGUUAUCACAGGCUACAACUGUUAGCCUGUUUCCAUGCGUGUAUGCAUUAGUGUUACUGAUUGCAGUGUUAUUACACAGGUAAAGGAACUCACGUUCUUGAAUGCAUUCGACAAUGAAAGAAAAUGCUUUUCUAUAGAACCAGGUUUGAUACCCAUCUUUAAUCAUUGUGUUUUGUAUAUUGAUAAUGUGUAGAUUAACAAUGAGGACCUGCCUCAAAACACAGAAACACUUUCAUGCUUAAGUAAUGAAAAUUUAAUCUGUAUGUUCUCUAUAGAUGAGCUCAUCAAACUGAUAAAUUGUCCAAUCAAAUUCUUUAUAUGUUUUUCCAAAAAAAAACCUGGUAUUAUAAUUACCCAUAAUUUUUGAAAUUAUUUAUCCUCAAAGAAUUGCCAAAACACGCCGAGUCAAUUCAAAUACCCAUAAGGAAUUCACAAGCUGAUACACAUAAACAUCUAAAGUCUCAUGUUCAAGGUGACAUAACCGCUGUAAUGUCGACUCUGGAUGUAAUUUGUGAGUGUUUACACUUGAGAGGCUCUCAAUAAUCCAAAGCUCAAGUGUGAAGGAGAUUAACGAUUUAAAUGAACUGUCUUAGCAUGUUUCUUUCUGCUGACAGAAAACAAACAAUGAAGUAGAGACAGGAUGUGGAAAUGUUUUGUACCCAUACAUGAAACCCUGCUAUGAUUCAACGCCCAAUUUCAGCCUUUUAUGGGCCCCUCAAAUGCCUCCUCGUUGAUUUGCCUGGUAGAGUUUUAGGGAAAAUAAGCUAAUGGAAUUCAUUAUGAAGCAUCUUUUUAACUUUUAUCCAAUCUUUAUUUGGUUUUAUGCAACUGUUUGCCUGAAGUAUAAUAAAUUAUGUUUUUGUUUUUUGUUUGUUUUCCUGAGGAGGUGCAGUGUGGGGCACUGAUGCGGUGCAUCUUUAUUGUAGUUUAUAUUGUAUUUAUUUGGGAAGUAAAUUAUGGUUUUGCAUAUUUAUUUAGAUUACCACACAGAAACGGGACAGCUUAUUAUCAUUAAGCAACUGUGCCAAAAAUGUUUUAUCUAACAUCAUAUAUUGACUGCUGAAUAAACAUUA